CACGAGUAAAAGUCAAAAUCGUUUAAUUUCUGCGAUAAGCAAACAAGUAAAAAAAGAACUUUGCCGACAAGUGUAAAUUAUACAAAUGAAUAAACAAAUAUGAAAUUCUCUCGACAUGCACAUAUGAGUUUUUAAUAAAGUGAACGUUCUUGACAUAAAAAUAUUUGCUUAACAAGCAGUGUUUUUCUAUUAAUUUCAUUUGCAAUACUGGUGACAAAGUGCAGCGCCAGCAUUCACGCAAAUAAAUGUGAAACUAUAAAUUAUCUUUACAACGAAGUCAACGAUUAAACUGAACUGAAUAUAUUACGAAUAUAUAGUGAAAAGAAAAGCGAAUUAAUUGUGGCACAAAAGUCGCUUCGAUAUGAUGUAAUCAAAAAGUCAAAAUACAUUUAAAUCAACCAAUUUCCAAAAACUUAAAAUAACUCAAACUCAACAAGACAACUUUGUGAUUAAAGCAACAACAGUAACAAAAACAAUCAAAACAACAAAAGCAUGCGUCCGAAAAUCGCACCCUACUUUAUGGGCGCACACCUGUCGCUGCUGCUCGUGCUGCUCACACUAAACAUCAACAGCAAUACCGCCGAAACGGCUAAUCCGACUUGUUCGCUGAAGGACAAUUGCAAUUUGAAUGACAACUUCCUGUCAGCUACCGGCGAGACAGGCGAAAAGGCGGCGAGUAAAUUGGAAAAUAAAAUCGCCUCCAUUUUCGAGGAUAAAGUGAAUUACAGUCUAAAAUUAUUCGCCGAUGAAGAUGUCAUUGAGUACAAUGCGCUCGAAAGUAAUUUAACGGAACGCGCACAUCUGGCAACACCAACAACGGCGAACUUUACUCUGCGACAAUUGCAGGAUGCCGCCGAUGUGGAGGAGGAUGAGCGAGUUUAUUUGUACAACAUUGGACGAAGAUUCAUAUCAGUUGCCACGCCUUUCGAUGCAGCGCGCAACCCUAAUGCCUCUCCAAAGUGUCGCAGGCAAAUGCGACGUUUUCUAGAAGGCUUGAAUAACUUCGAUUUCUGGGCUUUAAAAAUGCAUGACGCCACCGGCAAAAUCACUUCGGGCAUACUCAAUGGCAACAUUAAUCAGCCGGGUGAUUUCGAUCAGUGUCUGAGCAUCAGCAGCGCCGCGGGCGCAACAGCCGCUGGUGACGACGGCGACGACGACGACGAGGCGGAUGAUGGCAUCAAAGGGCAGUAUUGUUUGGCUUACGCACAGCCAGUGUUGCCACACAAAUCGAAACGUUUGCGCGCCCUAUUCAAGCUGAUACAAUCGCACGGACCAUUCAAGAGUGAAUUCAAUGAUCCUGGCCAUCGUGUACCACGCUACUCGCUAAUCAACUGGGGUAUUUGUGUGCCGGACGCUUGCAGUUAUCAAGACGUGGAGUACACUGUGAAGGAGUAUCUCAGUAAUCUUACCAGUUCCACCGGCAUUACGUUCCAAGUGCGCGUGGAGCCGAAGUUGUGUCAAGUGCGCGACAAUAAGCCAUGGGAUCGCAAUACAACGUGGGUUGUACGCUUCUUCCUGAUCAUACUCUCCAUUACUGUAUUAUCGACCAUUUAUGAGCGCUGCACCAAAGCGCAUCAAAAGCCAAAUGAAUGGUUCACCGCCUUCUCUUUGGACAAGAAUCUGCGUUGGCUCUUCAGCACCAGCUCCUCACCCAAUGACAUUGAGGCUGUGCAUGGCAUACGCUUUCUGAAUGCGGUCAUGUUGCUCUUCUCGCACAAAUCGAUGGCCAUGUUUUUCAAUCCCUACAACAAUCGCACGGAAAUGUCAGAGAGUUUGGGCCGCCCAUGGACCGUGAUUGGACGUGCUGCCUCGCUCUACACCGAUCCCUUCCUGCUCUUCAGCGGUAUGUUAACGGCAUAUUCACUCUUCGGCCGGCUCUUCAAAGGUCAACCUGUGCGUUUGCGAAAUGAAUAUGUCAGUCGUUUAAUGCGUAUUGUACCCCCACUAGCGGCGCUUAUACUCUUCUGCACUUUUGUACUACCCUUGUGGGGCUCGGGACCACAAUGGAACUUGGUCGUAGGUCAUCAUGCAGAUAUUUGCAAACGGAACUGGUGGCGUAAUUUACUUUUUAUACACAACUACUUUGGCUUCAGUGAAAUGUGCUUGACACAUACGCAUCAUCUCGGCAUUGAUACCGAACUCUUUGCUGUCGCACCCAUAAUGAUACUCAGUCUAUGGAAAUGGCCAAGAAAGGGUUUGUUCAUUUUGUUGUUACUCGGCGCUAUUGGAACUGCAGCCCGCUACUACACGACCGUUGUGAAUCAAUUGUCCAAUUACAUCUAUUUUGGCACAAAUAUCCAGCGCCUCUUCCGCACAGCCGACUACAUGUACUCAUUCCCACCCCACCGCUCCACCGUCUAUAUAAUGGGAAUUUUGCUUGGCUAUUGUCUGCGUAAAUACCGUGGCAUACAACUAAGCAAAACACAACUGCGCCUUGGCUGGGUGGUGGCUACUGCCUGCGUGCUUAUUUCUCUAUUGGGACCUGCGCCAAUGGGCGACAUCAACUACCAAUACAACACUACACACGCAGCCAUUUAUGCGGCAUUCGCUCCGAUCGCUUGGUGCAUAUUCUUUGCGUGGAUCGUUUUUGUCUCGCAUAAUGGUUAUAAAAACAAAUUCACCGACAUGCUUUCGUGGAAGGGAUUUCAAGUGUCUACAAAAUUGUCCUACGCCAUUUACCUUACACAGUUCCCGGUGUUCUUCUUCAAUGUUGGCCGCCGGCGUCACAUACAUCACUACUACAACUUCGUUUCAAUUAUUCUUGAUACCAAUGAAUUUAUUUGCAUAUUCCUCGCGUCGGUUGCGCUGACAAUCUUCUUCGAUGCACCAUUCCAAAAUAUUAAAAAGUUGAUUUUCAAACGGGCGCCGGCACCGAGUAAAAAGCUGGAAAAUGGUGAUGUGAAAGCAUCAACAGAGAUCAGUAGCGAUUCAAAGAAGCCGCAAUUAUUAGAAGCGAGUUCCACAUCAGAGUCAAACUUAACAACAUCGACGGCACUGACGGAGAGUACGGCUUCAAAUGGAAAAGUCGUACACGCUCACAGCGAUUAGUCAUUAGAUUUUAG